AAAACGGAGGGAGUAUUUGCUAUUAAGAAAAGUCGUGAUAUUAACCCUUUUUUGGUUAAUGAGUAACGAUAUCACAUAGCUAAUUGAUUAGUUAGUAAAAAAUCACAUGCUCGCGAAUCCUGAUACUCUUCCGUAUAUUAUCAAAUAAAGCUAUGUGACAAAACUUCUGACUAAGUCAGAUGUAUAUGCCAUGUCGCCUAGUUAAAAUUCUGGACCAAUAAAUGAACAAAGCUAUCAAGUAUACUAUAAAUGUACAAGAAUAGAUUAGUGUGUAGGCUACACACAAUGUCGUAGAUAUACCUGUCACGAGUCAUCACCUCACCUCUCGUAGAUCAAGCUCUCUUGAGUUUCUUCUACAAUUAUUAGAAGGAACCCCACAUUCUGCAUCGUUGUCCCUUUAUUCGAAGCCUAUCGUAUUUUGCAGUUUAGUUUCCUAUAUCAUUUCUCGAAAUCUGUUCUUGCCUUCUAGGAAAAGUCUCAUCCUCAUCCUGAAGAUCCAGCUUUCGGUUAUGUGCCAGUGUAUCUUAUGCAUUUGUUUUUGAGUUGGUAAAUGACACCAACCGACAUGGCAAAAAUAACUUAUGCACACCCUAUGUCUAUCAGCAUAUAAAACAUGUUUAUGCACUAAUAAUUUUUUUGUUAUACAUAUAUACACGCUAAGAUAUAGCGGAGUACUAUACAUCAUUUUGCAUUGUCAGUGCUUAAUUUUAUGAUUUUUAAGAUGUUUUUUUCUUCUUUUAAUAUGGUUUAAAUUCAUGCUUUGUUUAACUAUUUUGUCAUCGUUCAGUAAGGCAUAGACAAAAAAAUAACAUGUAGGUCUCCCAUCAAUCACAUAAAGGUAAAAAGGGACUUUUGGGUAAUCAAUUUCGUACCAAAUAGAUCUAUAUAUUGAAACAAUAUAUAACAAAUGAUGUAGAAAGAUUAACUCAAUCAACCUAACUCGAAAAGUUAAUUUUGACAUUCCCACUGAAAAUGUAUAUAAGUGACACCAGGUAAUGUUUUUCUUCAGUUCUAAGUUCUAAACAUAUACCAAAUAAUAAUCAUCAGUCAAUGACAGAAUGUUUUAGUUGAGUUGGUUUCUCUUUUUUUUUUUUUUUGAGUUGGUUUACGCGAAUUAGAGAAGCAAAUAUGUACCAGAGCCCGUAAUCUGUAAGGCCUUAAAGACCAAUAUAGAAUUAGGCCGUAUGAGCAAAGAUCACAGACACAUAUAGACGAUGAAGGAAAACUUAUAUAUAUACAGUAAGAAAGCCCACUUAAAGCCUUCACAAUGGAAGUAAAUACCCUUUAAAGGCCGACGAAGGACCUAAAAUCCGCUCACGAUUUCUUUUUAAAUGAAAUCUUCGAGAGAGUCAUAAACAUGACUAGGAUAUGACACUUUAAUUAUUAUAAUAUUGAUUGAAUCUUAAAUUAUAGUAUGGUUUAGUUUAAUAAAACAACCAGGUUUAUGUUAUGGAGCUGCUGACAUCGAACAUUGUAUAUUUAAAUAUAUUUGAACGGUUCACAUUUACCAGUAUUAUUCUAAUUGAAUGGGCGAGACUUAAUUAUAUAUCCUUACCAAUCAAGAUCUUCAGCGUAUUAUCCAGAAUGAAACAUGUUAUCCAACUUCCUAUCCUCUCUCAGUGCUAAGUUUUGAUCAUGUUUAUAUCGAUGUCAUGAAGCUCACAUCUUUGUAAAUAAAUACAAGUAUAUAAAAUUGGCAAGAAACAAGGGAAAAUAGGUAUUUAAUUCCCGAAAUAUUUGAAAUCGGCAGUUUUAAUAUCCAAGUUUUGCUUGCGCAUAUUUAUUUUUCAUUGUAUUGUUGAUGUACUUCACGAUUAUAUCACCUUUUAGAUGAUUUUUAAACUAAUUCCAGUUUAAGAUUUAUAAUUUGAACUAAUAUACAAGAUACUAAUCCUGGAAAAUGAUUUUUUGUUUUUGUUUUUCAGAGCAUAUAAGAUAAUAUAAUUACAUUUGCAUUGUAUUGAUGUUGUACAAUAUAUGAUUGUCUAGUAGAGAUAAGUACAUAUGAUUGUCUAAAGUAAAUAUAAGUACAUAUGAUUGUAUAAAGUAGAGAUCCAAUGUACAACAUAUAAUUGUAUAAACAAUAUGGAAUAAUCCAUAAAUGGUUUUAUAAACAUGAAGUAAAUUAACAAUACGAACAAUACAAUGCAACUAUAAUUAUUUGUAUUAUUUUAUAUGUCAUUAUUAAAAUCUCAAAAAUCAAAAGAUAAAAAUCUUGUAUGUUGGUUAAAUCUAAUUUAAGAAUAUUUUAAAUUAAAUCAUGAUUUUCUAAAAAAGAAUAUUGUCUUUAAUUCCUAAGUAUUUUCAAUUGACAAAUUAAAUACUCAAGUAUUAUAUGCGCAUAUUUAUUUUCUAAUUAAUCAUUGACUGUGCAAAAUUAUAUUAGAAUAUUAAACUGUUAAAAAGUUGACGGAAACAAUUAUUUUAUGUUUAUAAAUUAAUGGUUGAUUGUUUCGUUCUUAAUUUUGUGCAGUCAACUAUUUGUUGUCAAAUAAAUAUACGCGAGUAAUACUUGAAUAUUAAAACUGUGUAUUUAAAAUAUUUUGGAAAUUAAAUGCCCAUUUUUCCAAGAAACAACACAAUGUAUGAAAUGAUUUUUUCGGUCAUAUAUGAAUGAUUUAGUCAACAAACAAUUAAAGGUUUACUUUUUAUCCUGAAAAAGAACGUGUCAUUAACAAAAUGAAAAAUGAAAAGUUCAACCUUGAAGAUGAUUAAAUUUAAGAAAACACAGGUGUACCUUUCCAAGUAAGUAGUCGCCAACCAUUAUGAUGCAAUUUUGGAUUUUUGUUUUCCUUUUAAUUAUUUUAAAAAUACUUGGAUAUAAUGUUUAGACAGAGAGGAAAUAAAUUAAAUAUUCAAAAAUAAAAGUAAAAAUGGAUAUAAUUUUCAAAAGUGAGUGAUACAGAAAAGGUCAUCCUACGUGGAUGUGAAUCAGCAAAUAGUUAUCCCUUCUCUAUUUGUAACUAGAUCAGCUGGGUGGGACCUAAUUUCGACGUGUUACACAGUUCACAUUCCCGAGUUUCCACCAUUAAAUAUACUAUUUUCAUUAAUUUUAUCCGACCAAGAUAGGAUUAUAAAUUGGUCUUUGCCAUUACUUCCUUUCCUCUCCGAUUUCUCAUUCUUUCCUUCUUUUUUUCUAUCUGCGAUAGAUUUAGAAAUUCAAAAACAUAAAAGAAUCAUAGAUUAGUUGUGAAUAUAGAAGAAAAUCAUUCUUUUUUUAUUUUCUUCGAAUCUGAUCUGCAAGUGAAGCUACACAAAUUAACUUACCAAUAUCAGAAUUCAAUUACAAAAUCUUAAGAAAAACAAAUUAAUAGAAAAAGAUAUGGAGAACAUGGACGUUAUCUCACCGGAAAACGCCUCAGGGCCACCAUCACCACCUCCUCCUCCCGUAAGGUCAAACUCCGGUACGAUGUGGAAGAAGUCAACGCUACAAAAAUGCAAUAUCUUUGCUUCUAAAGCUACAAGAGAUGCAUGGGAUCGUAUGUUUGACGAAGCUCAUGGAGCUGAUGUUUUGAUUCAUACGGAUGAUAAUGGCUUGAUCUACGCGCAUUCUAACGUCAUCGGAAUGGCUUCAGAUGUUAUCAGAGGACUGAUGAAGCAAGAUAAGAGAAACUCCCGACGCAAAUCAAUCUCAAUCCUCGGAGUUCCUCACGACGCUGUUCGCGUUUUCAUUCGCUUCUUAUACUCUUCUUGCUACGAGAAACAAGACAUGGAAGAUUUCGCAAUGCAUCUUCUCGUACUAUCACACGUCUACGUGGUUCCGCAUCUUAAACGAGUAUGCGAGUCGCACUUCGAAAACACUUUGCUCAACGAAGGGAACGUGAUUGAUGUGUUUCAGCUAGCUCUUCUCUGUGACGCUCCUCGUCUCGGUCUUCUCUGUCACAGAAUGAUACUCAAGAGCUUUGAAGAAGUCUCUACUUCUCAAGGAUGGAUAGCGAUGAAACAAAGCCACCCUAGUCUUCACAAAGAGCUUGUACGCUCUGUCUCUUACGAGCUUAACAACUUGAAGCAAAGAAACAGGAAACAGAAAGAGAUACAGACAUACACUCAGCUGUACGAUGCAAUGGAAGCUUUUGUUCACAUAUGUAGAGAUGGAUGCAGAGAGAUUGGUCCAACAAAGAUCGAAAACCCGCACGUGUCUUGCGGGUUUCAAGCGUGCAACGGUUUGGAGAUGUUGUUGAAACAUUUGGCGGUAUGUAAACUGAGAUCAAUCCCUGGUGGUUGCAGCCGUUGUAAAAGAAUGUGGCAGCUUCUUGAGCUUCACUCGCGUAUCUGCGUAGACUCGGAGCAAUGCAAAGUCCCUCUUUGCAGUAGCUUCAAGGAGAGGAUGAAGAAACAAAGCAGGAAAGAUGAGAAGAGAUGGAAACUUUUGGUGAAGAAUGUUUUGAGCACCAAGAGAAUUGGAGGAUCUCCUUUCUUUUUGCAAGCAAUUGAUGUUACUAUGUGACAUUAUUAUUUCAUUUCAUAAUAGAGUUAGAGAUUGCAUAUAUGUAAUAUACCAUAGGUAGCAGAUUCUUUGUAAAGAGAGAGAAAUUUUGAGAUUCAAACAAUCUCCACUCUCUAGUUACAUCACAAACCUCGUUUAAAAAGAGUGUAUUUGAUCAUAAUACCAUAAGUGUUUUGGAGUU